UUUGUUGGAAUGUAAGAGAAGAUUUUUUUUUUAAUUCGUUUAUUGGUUCUAAGUGAUAAAUAAGAAUGCCAUUAAAGUGUUCGGCAUCGUUUUGUGAUAACAAACAGGAUAGUUCAUUGAAGAACGUCAGCUUUUUCCGAUUUUCCAAAGACGGCUUGUUACGGGAAAAGUGGAUUGAAUUCUGUCGGCUAAUUCCUAAUCAAAACGUGAAGGUAAAUUCCCGGUUAUGCAGCCUCCAUUUUCAAUACGAACGAGAUUUAUACAUCGCCACGGCUGGUGGAAAGUUGCUAACUGCUCCGGGUGCGGUACCAUCUUAUGAUGCUGUUCCGGCUUUGAACCAAAACGAAGAAGUAACAAAUGUCGAGAAUACUGAAGAAGUUCCGUAUAUGACAAUCUGCAAUCAGCAACUAUUGUCGCCAAGCUGCUCCAAUGAAACUAUUGGAACGACCAUUACAGUGUAUUCUAACGAACAGCUGGAGUCGUCCAUAAUACCAGAGCGACUCGAAAAAUGCUGGACAAACUCGUUCGGAUAUGGCAUGAUCGGAGUACUGGAAUCGAGCACAGUAUUUGUCAGCAGAGUAGCUUUUACCGUCCGUCCAGAGCAUUCUCCGCAGUGCUUCGGCAAGCUCUUCAUCUCUCAUAUCAAGGACAUCUCAACAACUGACUACGCAGCGGGUGGUGUUAAGUACUGGGUGUUCGGUGACGGUAACCGGAGUACCAUCGACUAA